AUGGGGGCCCCCCGUUCUGGGCCGGGGGGCGUGCGAGUCGGGGCCCUGCUGCUGCUCGGCGUUUUGGGGCUGGUGUCUGGGCUCAGCCUGGAGCCUGUCUACUGGAAUUCGGCGAAUAAGAGGUUCCAGGCGGAGGGUGGUUACGUGCUCUACCCUCAGAUCGGGGACCGGUUAGACCUGCUCUGCCCCCGGGCCCGGCCUCCUGGCCCCCACUCCUCUCCUAAUUACGAGUUCUACAAGCUGUACCUGGUCGGGGGUGCCCAGGGCCGGCGCUGUGAGGCACCCCCUGCUCCAAACCUGCUCCUCACUUGUGACCGGCCGGACCUGGAUCUCCGCUUCACCAUCAAGUUCCAGGAGUAUAGCCCCAACCUCUGGGGCCAUGAGUUCCGCUCACACCACGAUUACUACAUAAUUGCCACGUCGGAUGGGACCCGGGAAGGCCUGGAGAGUUUGAAGGGAGGUGUGUGCCUCACCAGAGGCAUGAAGGUGCUUCUCCGAGUGGGACAAAGUCCCCGAGGAGGGGCCGCCCCCAGAAAGCCUGUGUCUGAAAUCCCCAUGGAGAGAGACCGGGGGGCAGCCCACAGCCUGGAGCCUGGGAAGGAGAACAUGCCAGGUGACCCCACCAGCAAUGCAACCUCCCGGGGUGCUGAAGGCCCCCUGCCCCCUCCCAGCAUGCCCGCGGUGGCCGGGGCAGCGGGGGGGCUGGCGCUGCUCUUGCUGGGCGUGGCAGGGGCUGGGGGUGCCAUGUGCUGGCGGAGACGGCGGGCCAAGCCUUCGGAGAGUCGCCACCCUGGUCCUGGCUCCUUCGGGAGGGGAGGGUCUCUGGGCCUGGGAGGCGGAAGUGGGAUGGGGCCUCGGGAGGCUGAGCCUGGGGAGCUAGGGAUAGCUCUGCGGGGUGGUGGGGCUGCAGACCCCCCAUUCUGUCCCCACUAUGAGAAGGUGAGUGGUGACUAUGGGCAUCCUGUGUACAUCGUGCAGGAUGGGCCCCCCCAGAGCCCUCCCAACAUCUACUACAAGGUAUGA